CUCACGGUUGGCCCACACGACAAACAGGUUGGGCGCCAGCGUCUGCCGACAUUUUCGUCUUUUUCUCGUACAAAUCUCUAUUUUUCCACCAAAAAACGGACGGAUAGUUGUCUCCGCUUGUACCACAGACCUCGCGGCAAAACACAAUGGGGGACAUCGUGAAGCUGUCUGAUGUUUUCGAAGACCAGGAAGAGUCCACUGUGGUGGAGAGGGGUCCAGGUCCCUCUGAAGAAGAGAGGGGGAAGCUCGGUUUGGAGUGUACCAUUUGUGGGGACAAGGCCACGGGUUACCACUAUGGAGCUUUCAGCUGUGAGGGGUGUAAAGGGUUUUUCCGUCGAGCGUUCCUGAGAGGCCACGUGAAGAAGUGUCCGAACGGCGGCAGUUGUGAGAUGGACCUGUACAUGAGGAGGAAGUGUCCUGACUGUCGCCUCAGGAGGUGUAAGAUGAUGGGCAUGAGACCUGAAUGCCUGCUGUCAGAAGCACAGUGCAAGUCCAAGUUCUUAUGGAGAAGAUCAAAAGGUGGCCCCAAACAGGAAAAACAGGGAAAUUCUCCAGUUCCAACUUCAACAUCCAAUCAGAAAGCUCAAAAUCCUGCAGCUAUCACCAAUCAGCCUCCAGGCUGCACUGUAGCCAAUGAGUGCCUUGACACCUCAACAACCAAUCAGCAACCUCAAAUCUCAACCAAUCAGAGACCACUAUUUGAGAAACAGAACCCCUUGAGUCAACUCCUGACUGGGUCCAUGGGUGCACCAGCUGCUGUGAACACCAACCUCCCUGGAUGGCAGCCUCAUAGAAAUCCAGUGGCCCUGCCCACUAAUGAGUCAACCAAUCAGCAGCAGCCUGUGUUUGUCAAUCAAGUCAACGUGUACUUGGGUGCCCCGCCCAAGGAUGGGGAGGGUGGACCAUCAGCUGUGCAGGUGUCUCCUGCGUUUGUUGCCCAACUCCUCUCUAACAAUGGCUCGUUGGCACCACAGCAGAUGUUGUCCAUGCUCUCCCCUCAGAAUAUGUCCGCCAGUCUUGCUAGUGACAACACUACACAACAGAGUCAGGGUAUUAAUACUGGUGCCAAUUUUUACUUAAACAAGUCUCUGGCCCAAGCUACUACUCACACUAAAGCAGGGACCAAUCAUAUGCAGCCAUCAACUGUCAAUCAAAUGCCGCCAACCAAUGAAUGGCCUUCCUCAUCAUCUGCAUCAGCCCUGUUGUCCUCACUGGGCAGUCAACAUUCUAACAUCACACCGCCCCCAAGCAGCGGACCAAGCCCUGAGCCGUUGACCAAUCAGGUGCCUCCAGACAUCAUGGGAAGACAAGCCAUCCUGUCCAGGCUGUUGGGGGAUUCGAAUUUAAACGGGGCAGCUCAGUCAGCAGCCAAUCAGAGAAGAUCUUUCCCUGCCCAGUCAGUGUCCAACCCGAGUUCAAUAUUCACUGACAUGGCAGGCCCUUCUUCUGCCUCGACCAAUCUUCAAAGAUCUGCGAUGACCAAUCAGGAUAGAGCAGGAGGCUCUUUGAUGCGUAGAGGAGCGAGCUCAGCUCAGAGUGACGGUCUACAGCUGACUGUUGAACAGAAAAUACUGAUCGAGGAACUGGACAGGGCACAGAGCUUAUACCUUCCUGGCCAAAACUGGGAUGAAGUUAGGGCCACUCUGGUGACCAACACACUAGAGGAGCAUCAGGCCAAGGCUGUUGACCUCAUAACAGCAGGUAUCGAGAAACACAUCCAGUUUGAUAAGACGUUACGUGGCUUCAAGGAUUUCUCCGAGGAAGACCAGAUAGCUCUAGUUAAGGGCUCAGUUGUGGAAGCCAUGUUGUUAAAGAUGGUUCAGGCUGGGGAGGUGGAAAGGGAGGACAUUCUACAAAACAUCCUCAUCUCAGCCCAUACGAAGGAGUUUUUGGACAACAUCCUUCCCUUCUACAAGUCGGUGCACCAACUCAGGCUGGACACAAACACAUACCACCUGCUGCACGCUGUUAUUGUCUUAUCACCAGAUCGUCCGUAUGUCCAGGACCAGGUGGCGGUACAGCGAGCCCAGGACGUGUACCUGAACACGCUGGUCGCCUACUGUAAGCUGAACUACCCCCAGCAGCCUCACGUCUUCCCUCACCUGGUCUCCACCAUGACGGAGCUGCGCAGUCUCGGACACAACCACGAGCGACACUGGCGCAACAAGGACAUCAUGCGGAAGGAGCCGCUCAUCGUCGAGAUCACGCCGAGUCUCAAAAACCGAUAAAACAAUCAUCGUAGCCUGGAUGACAGCCUUUUAGUUCCAAUUUGCUCUCUUCAUUGAUUCAUUUAAUCUUCAAGCAGAUCAUAUGGUGGUUAGGCAGUACCCAUUGGCCAGAGGAGUGUGCAUUAACCCCUGAAGUUGACCAAUGGAUACUGUUUGGCAAGUGGAUACUACCUGGCCAAUUUGAUACUGUCUUUUGUGGCCACCAAAACAUCUGCUUGGAGAUUACGAUUCAUUAGCAAAAAGACUGGGCCUCCACAUAUUGUAUUUGUCUGUCAUUUGAAUAUUGUUGUUGUUGUUGUCCCUGUUUACUAUGUUGCUAGACCUGGUCUCUUUGUACAGGGUUUCACUUGGUGCUGACUAUUUUCUGAAUGUUUGUUCAGAAUUUGAACAGGCGUGAUGAUUGGGCAAACUUGAGUGGCAGUUAAUUUGGUAUCAUCCAAUCAGCAGAGGCCCUGUGCACAAUGGUUGAAUUAUGUGACAUCAUCACCAGACGGAUAGAAUAUGUGUAGACACAGUUUUUUUGCCAGAGAAGCAACAAAGAGAACGUACUAAAAAAACUAAAAAGACUGGCAUCCAGGCUAAUAUUUUCUAUUCUUUGAACCAUUCCACUUAUUGACUGGCUAAUUUUAAACCUGUAAUACUUUCUAUAAUAUAUUUUUUACUGUAUAUUUCUGAUCGUUAUGUUAAGCCAUGUUCCUGUGUGUGGGAGAGUUUUGGGCAUUGCCUGAGACAUUAUGUAAAAGAAACCCAACACACAUAUUUAGUGUGUUGGGUGUAUACAUGUAAGUGUAGGGGUGACCUGGUGUGCUUUGUUGAAAAAGUGAGCCGUAGUGACAAUCAAACAAGUGUCAAUUAUUUUAUUUAAGAAUCUAUUCUAGAUUCUUCAACUCUAGAGGUGUCAGACUAAUUUUUGUGUGCAUCAGAAACACAACAAAAUACUGAUUAUGAAGCACGUUUAAAGUGUGAUUUCCAUCAUAAGAAAUUAGACUUACCCAAAUUUAUGACUGUGCAACUCUUUGUCAAAGAAUGACACAUGUGACUCGGAUGAACUUUCAAGAUAAAAUUCAUGCCAACACUGACACUUCUAGGUUUGAAUAUCUAAUUUGUUGUUUGU